UGGUGGGAGGCCUCUUAAUUAGGAAUUAGAGUGAGACUUUGUUCUGGGGAUUGUAGAAAAGGGGAGACUAAAUGGAGAAUGGUCUUGAGAGUAUAUACCUCGAGGGAAGGGGAUCGAAGAACUAGCAAUAGAGGACAAUGAAGUCCUGGGAUAGUGAGGGGUAGUUUGUAGAAGGAUGCGGUGAGAAUUACUGUGACAUGGCCCACGGACAUGGGCAUGAACACGGCCCUAGUAAACUGGAACUUCCAGAUUAUAAACAAUGGAAGAUAGAAGGGACACCAUUAGCAGUUGUCCAGGAGAGGCUGGCUACACGAGGGCUAAGGGAUCCAUGGGGCCGCAAUGAAGCUUGGAGAUACAUGGGUGGCUUUGCAAACAAUGUUUCCUUUGUUGGUGCAUUACUAAAAGGAUUCAAAUGGGGAUUUGCAGCAUUUGUGGUAGCUGUAGGGGCGGAAUAUUACCUGGAGUCCAAGAAUAAAGAUAAGAAGCAUCACUGAAGAUAAUACCUGGAAGUAUCUUAAAGGCUUCUUAAUUCUCUUAUAAAAAUAAGAUUUAUUCAAUGUAGCCUACUCAUCUGUGUGUUUUUUCCUUAAAGAAUACUAGUAAGAUUUAAUAAAGUAAGAAUACAUA